AUGUGUGACGAUUCGAAUUUGAUUUUGUGCUAUAACCGCGGAUGUGCUGUGAAAUUUGAUCAAGCCAAUAAUCCUGAAGAUUCUUGCGUAUAUCAUCCAGGUGACCCUUUUUUUCAUGAUGCCUACAAGGGAUGGUCGUGCUGUAAAAAGAAAUGUACCGAUUUUACUGAAUUUCUUAAUAUAAAGGGCUGCACAAAGGGUUACCACAACGGUAAAAAGCCAGAAGAGCCCGAAAAGUAUGUUCCAGAUAAAGAUAGCAAAGUUGAUGUCAUUGAAUAUCAUGCCCCAAAACCAGUUUCGUUACCGAGACCGUCAUCUAAUUUGCCAUUGAUAAAUAUUAAACCGACCAUAUCCGCUACUCACUUACAACAAAUGACCGCUGCUGCUAAAAGUAAUACUAAUGGAAACGAGACAAAUAGUUCAACUGAUAUUGCAAUUGGUACUAUGUGUAAAAACAACGGAUGCAAACAGGCCUACGAAGGUGCUGGAAAAGGGAAUCUUUCUUGUGACCAUCAUCCCGGUGUACCUAUAUUCCAUGAGGGUAUGAAAUAUUGGUCCUGUUGUAAUAAAAAGACGUCCGAUUUCAAUGCAUUUUUAGAACAAGUUGGGUGUUCUCAAGGAAACCACUGUUGGAUUAAAGAAACGAAAGUUCAAGGACAUACUAACUGCCGUUUAGACUGGCAUCAGACUGGACCCUGGGUUGUAAUAUCAAUUUUUGCCAAGAAAUAUGAUCCAAACUCUUCUUUUGUAAAAUUGUCUCCUGUUAAACUGUCCGUGGAAUUAAACUUCCCUUUUGACAAUUCUGUGUUUUCUAAAAACAUGGAACUUUAUGGGAUUGUCGACGUUAAUACAAGUUGUGUGUCCAUGUUGCCCACAAAAGUCGAAAUAAAACUUAAAAAGGCAGAAGCUGUAUCAUGGGGUUUAUUGGAAUAUCGAAAGCAUACACUUUUAAAUGGUACAAAACAAACUUUAAAUUCAGAAACAAAUAACAAACAUGAAAAUUCAAAUGGCUUUGUUGAAAGUGUUGACCUUGGGGAUCUUUAA